CAACAACUGAUUUCAAAUGAUGAAGCAUGAGAUCAACAUUGUUAUUAUCAUUGAUGAAUCGAAUGAAAUGGCUUUCAGCAGCUAACAUUUUGGUCGUUUCGAAAACAUUUUUAUCAUCAUCAUAUGAAAAACAAAAAUCACUGUCCAUAUUAUUCUAUGGUUCUGAUGAUUUUAGUAUAGCUAGUCUUAAAUUAUUACAUAAAAAACUAUUAAAUCCUGAAUUGGAUUCAAUGGUUAUUGUAAAAAAUAUUCAAGUAGUCACCACUAAAUGUAAUAAUCCUGUUAGUUUAUAUUGUAAAAAAGUUGAUCUACCAAUCAUCCUGUUUGAUGGAUAUACGGUACCAAAUGAUCAAUUUGAUCUUGGUGUUGUUUCUUCAUUCGGUCGCCUUAUACCUUCACAGGCUAUCAAUGCUUGUCAUUAUGGUAUGUUCAAUAUUCAUGGUUCAUUAUUGCCACGAUGGCGUGGAGCAUCUCCAAUUCAACAUGCCAUAUUGAAUGGUGAUACAAUCACCGGUGUAACCAUAAUGAAAAUUCAUCCAAAUAGAUUUGAUGUUGGUGAGAUUUUGGCACAAAAACCAAUCGAAAUUGUACAUCGUAUUUCGGCCGUACAAUUGAAACAAUUAAUGGCACCAAUAGGAGCUCAACUGCUUUGGGAUUGUAUUGAAGAUUUAGACAAUUGUCUAGCCAACGUUCGAAAACAAUCCAAAGAAGAAGUUACACAUGCUCGAAAAAUAAAAAUUACGGAUGGUGAAAUCGAUUGGACACGUAUGAAUGCAUAUGAAAUUGAUCGACGUUUUCGUGCAUUCAAUGGUACUAUUGAUGUUUUUACCUAUUGGAUUGAUGGUACACCAUUACGAUUGGGUGAUAUACUUGAUCCAGAUCUUGUGAAUCGUUUGAAUAUAUCCAUUUUGGCUGGACAUGGACACUAUGAACAUAUACCAGGCCUUAUUUAUUAUCAUAAAAAACGACAUAUUUUAUGUAUUGCAUCGGCAAAUCAAACAUGGUCAGCAUUUCGUAGUCUAACAUUGAAAGGACGUAGAAAAAUGUCUGCAUUAGGAUUUUCCAAUACAUUUAUUCGUCCAAUUGUUAAAGAAUUUAAAGCUAAUAAUCAAGGACAGCGGCCAUUUUUAUUAUUAGGACAAACGGAAAAACAUCGUGGCAUGUUUAAUUUGAAUGAAAUCGAACAGAUUAAACAACAAUAUUUAUGAAAGAAGAAGAAAAAAAUACAAAAAUUCAUCCAAUCAAUAUUAUCUGUGUUCUAAUUUAGUUGGUUAAAUUGAUAUAUU